GACACAGUUUGAUACAUUUCUCCUUUGACACUCUCGUCAAAAGGAGCAGAAAAGAAAGUCAAACAUGGGUGCUGUUUGGCUGGUUAUAAUACAUAAAAAAAAAAACCCAAUAAUGGGAAGCAGAAAAAAGUAUUCACCAAAAUCUGUUGAAUCCAAUGAAAAACCAAACAACUUUCUUCCAUUUUCUCUUUGUUUUCAGCUCUUUAGCAACUACCGUUUUAGCCAAAAAUAUACUGUCAAGAGACACUUCUUUAACUGUCAGAGAUGACGAUCUCCUCAUUUCCCCUGACAGAACCUUCAGUUGCGGAUUCACUAACUUCCGUACCAAUGCGUAUUACUUCUCAAUUUGGUUCACCAAUUCGAAAGAAAGAACUGUUGUUUGGGUAGCGAACCGAGACAAGCCGGUGAACCGCCAUGGCACACGGCUAACACUCAGGAAAAAUGGUGUCAUGGUGUUGACAGAUUAUGAUGGUUCAACAGCUUGGGAAACAAAUACAACAUCUACAAAUGCUGAAAGAGCUGAGCUUCUCAACACAGGGAACCUUGUUCUGAAGGACAAUGCUGGUAAUAUUCUUUGGCAAAGCUUUGAUUUUCCUACUGAUACUUUGCUUCCGAGUCAACGGUUUACAAAGAACAAAAGAUUGUUAUCUAGAAUUGGUCCUCAGAUGUUUGGUUCUGGGUUUUUUAGUUUCUUUUUUGAUAAUGAUAAUGUUCUUAGAAUGAUUUAUGACGGUCCUGAAAUUUCCAGUAUUUAUUGGCCAAAUAUUGCUGUUGAUAUAUUUCAAAAUGGUAGGACAAGUUACAACAGUAGUAGAAUUGGUAUGCUUGAUGAUAUGGGAACCUUUUCUGCAAGUGAUCAGCUAAAGUUUAGUGCUUUAGAUGUAGGUUUUGGGAUCAAAAGACGGUUAACUAUGGAUUUUGAUGGGAAUCUGAGGAUUUAUAGCUUGAAUAAAUUGUCUGGAUUAUGGAACAUAACAUGGACAGCAGUUGCAAAACCCUGUGAUAUCCAUGGUCUUUGUGGUAGAAAUGGGAUUUGUGAAUAUACACCUGAACCAAAAUGUAGUUGUCCUCCUAGCUAUGAGCCAACUGAUAUAAGUGAUUGGAGCAAAGGUUGCAGGCCGAGAUUUCAUAGAAGUUGCUCAGAUUCCGAGUUUAUUGAGAUGUCCCAUGUUGAUUACUACGGGUAUGAUCUCAAUUCCACCACCCCUGCCUCGUAUGAUGACUGUAGGGAAAUUUGCUUGGGAGAUUGCCGUUGUCAAGCAUUUAAUUAUAGAUUAACUGGUGAAGGAAUGUGCUUCACAAAAAGUGCCCUUUUUAAUGGUGUUAAGUCUGUUAGUUUCCCAGCAAGCAUGUAUCUUCGAGUACCAACAAGUCCACAGACACUGAAACCUUCAGUUCUUAAUGUGACUCGCCUUGAAUGUGGCGGUGAACAAGGUAAAAUAGUGGUAUUGCCAAAUACAUAUGACAGUAGUAAUCAAAGAUUCAAGUGGGUUUAUCUGUACUCAUUCGCUAUUGUCAUUGGUACAGUUGAAGUAAUCCUUUUAAUAGCAGGCUGGUGGUUUCUUUUUGGGAAGCAUAGUCUUUCAGGUUCAUUGGAAGAUGGAUAUCGUGCCAUUUCGAAUCAGUUUAGGAGCUUUAGCUAUAAUGAGCUCAAGACUGCAACUAGAAAUUUCAAGGAAGUUCUAGGAAGGGGAGGGUUUGGUGCUGUUUACAAGGGUGUUCUGGCAGACGAGAGAGAAAUUGCUGUGAAGAAACUAGAAAAUGUUGUCCAAGGAGAGGAAGAAUUUUGGGCAGAAGUGAGUACAAUUGGUAAAAUCAAUCAUAUGAACCUUGCAAGAAUGUGGGGUUUUUGUUCCGGAAGGAAGCAUAAGCUUUUGGUUUACGAGCUUGUAGAAAAUGGGUCAUUGGACAGACACUUGUUCUCAACCAAAACCGUUCUUGGAUGGAAAGAAAGGUUUAAAGUUGCAAUAGGUACGGCUAAAGGCUUAGCUUACCUGCACCAUGAGUGCCUAGAAUGGGUUAUUCAUUGUGAUGUGAAACCUGAAAAUAUACUCUUGGAUGGAGAUUUUGAGCCAAAAAUUUCAGACUUUGGGCUAGCAAAAUUAUGUCAAAGAGGGGGUCAUGGUUCAUCAGAGUUGACUAGGAUUAGAGGCACAAAAGGUUAUAUGGCUCCAGAAUGGGCAAUAAACCUACCCAUCACUGCAAAAGUUGAUGUGUAUAGCUAUGGAGUUGUUAUCCUAGAGCUUAUAAAGGGAAUUCGACUGUCAAGUUGGGUGGUAGAUGAUCAAAAUAGCUCAGAAGAAAUACCAGAACUGGUUAGAUUUGUGAGAUUGGCUAAAAGGAAAAUACAGAAUGGAGAAGAUUCAUGGGUAGAAGACUUGGUAGAUCCAAGAUUGGAAGGGAAGUUCAGCAGGAAUCAAGCUGCUAUGAUGAUUGAAGUUGGACUUUCUUGCUUGGAUGAUGAUAGAAAUAAAAGGCCAACCAUGGAAUCAGUUGCACAAGCUCUUGCAGAAUGUGAAGACGAAAUACUCAUGUAAAUUCAGCAUACCUUGUAUGUAGGGGUGUGCAAAAAUUGGUCCGGACCGAAAAAUAGACCGGACCAGACCGACCCAGACCGGACCGGACCGGACCGAAGGCAAUCAGUCCGGUCUUCGGGUCGAGAAAUGUCAAUUUCCGGUCUUCGGUCUGGUCCGGUCAAAACCCCGAUUUUGGACCGGACCGAUUUUUCCUUGAUAAAAUAAAAUAUAUUCUAUUUAAAAAUGUAA